CAGGAAUGAAUUCAUGUGUUCUCCUUCUGCAUGAUGUGCCGGAGAACACUGAGGUUGGAAUUGAUAUGAAGUUUUGGAGAGUUGGCAAAAACUUCCGUGGCAUCAAGGAUAUACCUCUUGGGUUUCAUUUCAUUUACUUCAGUGCCGUCAACGCAGACUGUAAGUCUGGUCAACGAACCGGUUUUGUGGAGUGGUUCACUCACCCGGGCUUUGUUGCCAAGCGCUGGGUUGCCGUAGAUGAAGACUUUGUUGACGUUCCGUUAACCCCUUCGGAUGUGCAACGGUUGACUGAUAAUUACGACGAGGUUUCUCUGUAUUUAGGCCCUUACCCCUCUGAAUGUCGUCGAGGAUGGGUAGCACUGACGAAUUUGGUCUCUCCGGCCAGCCUCAGUCGUAUUCUUCCCGAAUGUGGUCGUGUGUACUCGUGCACCCAGUUUCUUUCCGAGCCAUCCUCGAGUCAACAACGUUUGGCCUUGCAACCUGCCCCCGAAGUGUCCUCCAAACCGGAAGAUCUCUUACCCAAGCUCCAAGUUUUACCAGGAACCGAGAUUCGCUUCAGCAAGAUUCCAAAAAAUCCGCUAUUCCCACCAAACUCAAAUCCCGCGGAAGUCACUGCCCACGGAAUUGACCAAACAUAUACGUUGGACUCAGUUUUGCGUGUUAUAGCAGACACGGCAACUAAUUUGGGUGCGACGGAUGUGGAGCUCAAUCAGCCAGAUAGCGGAAAUUCACUAUCUCUAGAGGAGCGGGAGCUACUGGCUGAAUUGCAAUUCAGUUACGUAACUUUUCUACUGAUUCAUGUGUUGGAUGGGUGGUAUCAAUGGCGGCGCAUUGUCCAGUUGUUAGCUAGCUGCGAAGAGGCCAUUUACCGACGUCCUCAGUUGUACAUCAAUCUCGUGAGCGUAUUAUAUCAUCAGUUAUGUAGUGCGUCCAAGUCCAAGGAGUUCCUGGAGGAUAAAACUGUGGCUGUUUCGACCGCUGAACUGGCCGAUUUAUUCUUCUCUGAAACCACUGGUCCGCGUACGAACCUAGCAGAACCUGCGUUCCUGCCUUCGGUGCUGCGAAAAUUACUGCGAAAUAUUUUGUGCACUUCAACGCUAGACUCGAAGGGUGGAUUGCUACAAUCGCUGCGUGAGCGAGCCGAGGGAUUUUGCCACAGUCUUGAACAACGGUUUCAUUGGGGGAUCAAACCGGAGGUACUCAAAAAGGAAGAGAAUGCGGCGGAUGUAUUGGUUGAUGACGUUGACUGGGAAGGCGAUGAGGCACCCGUGAUUGUACAGCUGUAAACCUUCAUGAAUUGGAUUUUCGAGGAAAGCUUUCUUUUUUGCCUAUUUUGGCAUACCUGUCUGAUGUACAGACGUUUCGCAACAAUUUAUCUUGAGCCGUU